AUGGGGGAAAUAGAGAUUUUUGGGGUUUUUUUAGAAUGGGGGUUCAGCUUCCUGCACCGCUCCCUGUCCUCCCUCGCCAUCCAGAUCGUGUCCUCAGGGGAGGGCAAGCUCUGCAACCUGGAGCACAUGAUCGAGAGUGCUGAGGCUCCUCUGGGGAAAUUCCUGAAGGGACGAGCCAGCGUGGCCAAGAACAUUUUCAGCUUUGGCUUUGGCAAGAUCCUGGAUGCGCUGAGGUUCCUGCACUCGCGGGGCUUCCUGCACCGCUCCCUGUCCUCCCUCGCCAUCCAGAUCGUGUCCUCGGGCGAGGGCAAGCUCUGCAACCUGGAGCACAUGAUCGAGAGCAGGGACAGUGGGGAGCACAGUGACCUGACCCGAAUCCCUGUGCCAGCCCAGCUGUUCCGCUGGAGCUCCCCUGAAAUCGUCCUGGGCAAACCUGGCACGGUCAAAUCUGACGUUUACAGCUUCUGUGCAGUGCUGCAGGAGGCCCUGACAGAGAGCCCUCCCUGGAAAGGUGUGGAGGACUCAGCUGUGAAGCAGCUCAUCCUUUCAGGGCAGCAGCUGCAGGCAGAUGUCAGGCUCCCCCUGCUCUAUUAUGAUGUUGUCAAGUCAGGGUUGGAGCCCAAGCAGAGGAACCGCUCCAUGAAGCUCCAGGAUAUUCAAUAUAUCCUCAAAAACGACCUGAAGGACUUGGUUAAAUCUGAAAGUGGUGGAAUAGCCAAAGCCCAGAGAUCUGCUGUUCUUGCAGAUGUCAACAUCUGCUGGGCAUCAGCUUUUAGCUUCCAGAAGAGAACAGUGGAAGUCCAGGAGAGAGAGAUGAACAAGGCUGGUGGUUUUCCUGCCCCCAAGGACUCUGCUUUCCCCCAGGAGAGCAGCGCUGUGGUGCUGCAGGAGGCAGCAGAGCCCCCUGAGCAGGACAGGCGCUGCUCUGAGGGGCAGCCAGCAGCCUCUCCCUGCAGUGAGAGUGAUGUGGACGAGAGCCUGUGCAGCUUUGAGAUGAAUGAAAUCCUGGCCAGUUACCCAGAAGGUCCCCAGGAUUUCCUGCAAGGAGGACCUGGGUCAGGCCAGGCCCUGAAAGAUGGAGAAAGGCAGCAGGAGCAAGAGCAGAGCCAGUGGGAGGCUGAGGAGGAAGAGGAGUCCUCAGCAUCCAGCACAGGCUUCACUGGAGAGGAGGAGGAGGAGGAGGAGGAGGGAGAGGAAGAUGAGGAGGAGGAGGAAGAGGAAAGGGUGAGAGAAGCCCCUGGGCUGUCCCAGAUGAGGGGAGAUGCUGGCAGCAGGCUGAGCAGCUCCUCCCGGAGCGAGCAGCACAUCAGCAAGUGCGUGCUGAACCUGAAGAUCAUGCAGAGCAUGCUGCAGCAGGCUGGGCACUCCCUGAGCAGGACUGAGCAGGAGCUGGACAGGCUGAAGGCCCAGGCAAAGCAGAGCAGGCUGCUCCAGGAGCUCAGGAUGAAUCUGCUCCCCAAGGGAAAUUCUAAAGGAAGACACUGGGAUGGCUCUGGUGCUGCUUCCCACAACACCAACGAGGCUCUUUCCGGAGUUGAUAUUUUUUUACACCAGGCUGUGGCUCCGCCAUCCAGGGAUUACAUUCCACCUCCAGUAACGUGUCAGGCACCAGGCAGAGACAGCUCCCAGGCUGUUCCCAAGGCAGCCAAGGACAGAGAGGCAAUGCAGAAUGAGAAGUGGAAGAGCAAAAUUGCAGCCGCCCAUCGUGACCCGGGCUGCAGCGUGGGGCUGGAUGGUGAAGGGAGCCCAAACCAGGAGCAUUUCCUCCCACACGUGUCUGCGAGGAGCCAGCAAAAGUUCAACCUGCAGUGCCAGAGAGGAGCUGAUUCACAUCCUGCAGCAAGGAGGGAGAAGGGGUGCCACUCAAAGCCAAGGGUGGAAUUCUGCAGCAAAAAAAGCAGCGAGAAGAGGAGGGUGGUGCAGUCAGGAUGGAGGAGUGAGUAAAUCGGUGUUAAAUCGGUGUUAAAUCAGUGUUAAAUCAAUGUUAAGUCAGUAAGUCAGUGUUAAAUCAGU